AUGCGCACACAAGAUACGAGGUCUGGGCAAACGGUCCGCAAGUUAUCAUCAAAAUGUCGCCAGCAGUCACGUUCGAGGCACUUCCUCUGCGUUGCUUGUGUCGAUCUGUUCUUCUGCCCUGUUAAAAAAACGGGCACCCCCUGGCAAAAGAAGGAGAAGAAGAAGGAGAAGGUCUUCUUCCUGGUUAUUGCCUGGAGCCUGGACAACCUGCAUAUGACGGGUCACGUGAAAGUAAAUUACGAUAAAAUACGGAGUACCGAUGGCAAACAGGCAGGAAGCGGAGUUAGGGGAGGUAUGCAUACGCUAUCGAUACGGGCAUACAAUACGUCUAUCAAGAACUGGGAAGUUACACCCGCCUGUGAGAUGGAGGAUAUAUACAUGGACAUGACUUCUCUCCCUUCCCACACGAUCUACAGGCAGGAAAGGAAAACAUGGACUGGCUGGAAGGCGAACCAUGACUCGUUCUCGUAA